AUGGAGCCGCCUAAGUUCUUUGGCAGGCGUAAUGAGGAUGCGUGUGAGUUCGUUGUGGAGAUACAUGAGAGGCUCUAUAAGAUGGGCAUUGUGGAGUCCCAUGGGUCUAAUUUCUCAUAUGUAUCUGCCUAUCAUUCUGUUGGUUGGGAUUUUGCUAGUGACCGUCUUGAUGUACUUGUCCAUAUGUCUACUCCAGUUAGAUAUUCAGUAGUUAUUGAUCGAGUCUUUCAAUCUUGCUUAGUUACUUUUAUGGGAUAUGAUACUUGGAAGGAGGUUUCCUUCCAGUGGUCCGAUGCUUGUGAGGAGAGCUUUGAAAAGAUCAAGACUCUUUUGACUCCAGCCCCAAUUUUGGCAUUACCUGUGGAGGGUAAGGAUUUCUCAGUGUAUUAUGAUGCAUCCCGUGUUGGUUCGGGUGCUGUGUUGAUACAGGAGGGUAAAGUCAUUGCCCAUGCUUCCCGACAGUUGAAGAUCCACGAGAAGAACUACCCUACCCAUGAUUUGGAGUUGUUAGCGGUAGUCUUUUCCUUAAAGAUUUAG